AUCCAUCGUUUCAAAGCCCUCCCAAAACCCAGCGCACCUCUCUGUGCUUGCGUCAAUGGCGGAUUGCUGGGCGGGCACGAGUCGUCUCCGUCUCAACACCACUUCUCUUGCUCCGAAGUCUCAUCCCGAUCAUCUCAUCCCCAAGUUCUCCUUCAGCGUCUCUGGCGGUUCGCUCAUCCACCCGCCUCUCUCGCACCACCACCCUCGGUCGCUCAGAUCCCGACCCGAAAGACUCCACAUUUCGCCCAAAGCCACCAGCUUUAACUUGCCCCUGAUCCCCUCAUGUGACGACAAGCAGGAACCCCACGCCCCGCUCUCGCCCAAUGCGAAGUUCCUCCGAUUCUGGUCUGAGAAGUUCGUUAUUUGUCUUCUGGGGUCUUUCAUUUUCGUGGGUUUUGUUCAUUUGAAGCCGAGCUUCGCGCUAUCUUCUCAAGCGGGCGCGUCGAGUCCCCAAGCGGGUGAUGCCCAGGAGGAGGGAAGUGACGAGGAGGAGAUGAGUGAGCGGCUCUUGGAGACGGACCCGAUGAAUGUGGAUGCAUUGAAGGUGGUCUUGUAUGGGAAGAUGAGGAGGGGGAAGACCAAGGAAGCUGUGAAGUAUGUGCAGAGAUUGGUGGAUGUGGAGCCGGACGAGGUUGAGUGGAAGCUUUUGCUUGCUCUGUGUCAUGAGACGAUGGGUCAGCUCAGCACCGCGAAGAGGCUGUUCAGAGAAAUCUUGAAAGAGACGCCUCUUCUGCUCAGGGCCUUGCAUGGUCUGGCCAUGGUGAUGCAUAAGAACCAAGAAGGGCCGGCUGUCUUUGAGAUGCUAAAUAAGGCUCUUGAAUUAGCCUGCCAUGAGAAAAGAGUCACUGAAGAGCGAAAUAUCAGGAUUUUAAUUGCUCAAAUGCAUGUCAUAGAGGGGGACCUGAAUGCGGGGUUGAAAGAUUUUCAAGAUCUAGUUAAUGACAAUCCUCGAGAUUUUCGGCCUUAUCUUUGUCAGGGGAUAAUAUAUAGUCUGUUGGACAAGAAGAAGGAAGCCCAAGAACAAUUCGAGGCAUAUCGCAGCCUUGUACCGGAGGAGUUUCCGCAAAGAGGAUUUCUCGACGAUGUCGUUUUGGCAGCAAAAUCAAAAACGCGGGAACAACUUCAGAAAGAGUUCAAAGCUGAAUUUAGGAAGUGAAUGAUCAGCCAGUAGAAUUCAUCAUUAUCAUCAUAUAUAUUAAGUUACAGAUAUCAAACAGAAUUAAAAUUAGCUUCCUUAGGGCAACGUAUAGAAUUAGUCCACAUCCAACUAAAAUGCCAGAAUUACAUUAGCAGUGGAAGCUAGGUUUUUCUUUUUCACCAAAAAAGAAAUGAAAAAUGAAAAGGCAGAUUGGAAAAAUGCUGGUCACUGUAGUCUAGUGUCAAAAUUUCAUCCAUUGCCACAAUGGCUUUUAGGGAUGGAAUACUACAGAUUCCCCAUUUUUUAAGGUCAUGGACAAUCAGAAAUUCAUCAUGAUUUUAAGAUGCAAUCUUAGAGGUAGGAAGUUACUAGCAUUACCUUUGGUUUGACAGGAAGACAAUCACAAAUUGGUUUGCCAUAUAUAGUAACAAUAGGUUUAAGAUUACAAUGUUUGGACAAGUGACAAAUAGAGUUUCUAUCAAAGUACUUUAUCGCUCAUUUACAAGAGACACACCACACAAAAGCGUC